UUUUUUUUUUUUUUUUUUGCAACCAACCCUGUCUCAAACCUUUCUGACAUGGACGAUAUCCUGAGACGAUGUCAUGCGUUUGUCAUUUGCGCUUAUUCUCUGUUGAAUUCUUUGAGCUUCCAUAUACCCCAUUCUCCUGCAACAAUUUGUUGCCACUUCAUGUAUGAUUUUUCGUUCCUUUGCUUCCCUUCAUCUCUACAUACGAUUUUCCUCUUCUGUGCCCCUGUUCACACCCUGUACACACAUUUCGUGGACAAUGUGAUGUUAGUUAUUGGUGCGGCAGCGGGAUUCUUAUUUGUGGCUACCUAUUCGCCAUCGUGCAGGUUGAACGAUGGCAAAUUUUACGGUCUGGAAGUAUAGAUUAUUCUUAUACCGUGUUUUCAUAGACGUUCUGAGUGGUUGAAAAUG